AUGGCGGAGAAGGCAGCAGUGGUCUGCAAGGAAGUGUUGCAGGGGCUCGAUGACGACGUGCUGGAGUACAUCAGUGGUGUUGUGCUGGACGACGACCAGAUCCUUCCCAAGGAGGAGCUGGUGGAGGUUGUUGCUCCCCUGCUAGUGAGCAGUGAGUUUGUGUCGGACGAAGCAGAGGCAGAGGCUGUGGCCACGAGGCUGUGGGACGCGCUUCACAAUGCGGAGGGAGUGAACAAGGAGAAGAAGCCCGACGUCGUCCUGCUGAAGAACGCUGUGCUCAUGGGGGGGAAGGAGCCUGAGGAGGAGAGCGUUGCGAAGCUCGUGGAUCCGAUGCUGAAGCGACGGGGCGGGAAUGCCUUUGCCUGUGCCACCCAGGAGGAGGAGAUCGACGUGCAUAGCAAAGCCGCGAUCGCCAAGGCUCGGUUGGAUGCCAAGGCGGAGGCGAAGAGACAGGCUGCCAAGCAGGAGCAUGAACGGCAGAUGCUGGCGAUGGAGGAGGAGCUGGAGCAAGCUCGGCGUUCGGUCGCCUUGUCGCGCAUCGCAGGGGAUGCAGCAGGAGAGAUCUCAGUGGUGGAGUCCGAGUGCUUCGACCUGCCCAACCCUGGCGGAGGAGAGAACCUGCUUGAGGACGCAAACAUCCGCCUGGUGUCUGGGCAUCGCUACGGCCUCAUCGGCCGCAACGGAAAGGGAAAGAGCACGCUCUUGCGGUGGAUCGCGGCGAGGAGGGUGAAGGGAUUCCCCUCGCUCAUGAGCAUGCACUACGUGGCGCAAGAAAUCCCCCUGGCAGCGAUCAACGAGGGCAUCCACCCCGUCGACAUGGUACUCAAGGCAGACAUCGAGCGAGAGCUGCUGCUGGAGCGACAGAAGACGCUGGAACGAGACGCCAUGUCGGAUGGAGGCACGUCCCAUGAGUCCGCCUUGAAGCUAGCGGAUGUGGUGGAGCGACUGAUGGCGAUCGAUGCGGACGGGUCUGAGGGUCGAGCAAGAGCGAUGCUGGUGAGCUUGGGAUUCUCAGAAGAGCUCCUAUCAAGGCCAAUGAAGGCACUGUCUGGAGGAUGGAGAGUGCGCGUUGCUCUCGCUGCUGCUCUAUUUGCAAAGCCCGAUAUCCUACUGCUGGAUGAGCCGACGAACCAUCUCUCGAUUGAUGGCGUGCUGUGGCUGCAGCGAACUCUUGCUACCUCGACGGUGUGGAAGAGCAGGAUCGUCGUCGUCGUCUCGCACGACCGCAUGUUUCUAGAUGCUGUCUGCACCGACAUGCUGCACAUCAGCGGCAUAGCCCGACGUCUGACCCACCACAAGGGCAACUACAACGAGUAUGAAGAACGAAGGAAAGAAAUGCAGGCGACAUACGCCAAGUCUGCUGAGCUUCGUGAGAAACGACGAGAGAAGUUGCUCGAGAGGAGGAGGAGGAGGAGGAGGAUGUCUCGUAUGAUGAGGAUGAUGAUAAUGAUGAGGAGGAUGAGAGUGUUGAGGAUAGAGGGAUUGAUAAUGCUCUCAGAGGCGGAGAAGGAGGAGGAUGAAUUUGCUUUCCUCGAGGAGGAUCAGGAGCUCGAGCUGUCCAUCAAGGGAGGGGGCGUCCUCCCUCUCCCUAUCGCAAGAUUCUACAACGUCUCCUUCGGAUAUCCGGUCACUUCCUCCCCUCUCUUCCAGGGAGUCGAGAUGUGCAUCGACGCGAAGUCACGCGUUUGUCUCCUCGGAGAGAACGGUGUCGGCAAGACGACGCUGGUGAAGAUCUUGAUGAACUUGCUGGAACCAACUUCAGGAGUUGUUGAGAGAGACCUCGGCGCUCGUAUAGCGCUUGUCAAUCAGCAUCAUGCUGACCAGAUUGAUUUGAACUUGACUCCCCUUCACUGGAUGCAUUCUCAAUUCCCCGGUGAUGGUUCGUACCAGCACGAGCAAGAGCUCAGGAAGCAGCUUGCGCAGUGUGGCGUCACGUCCGAACUGCAAACAACGAGAGCAUCAUGUCUCUCUGGUGGUCAGCGUUCUCGUGUGGCGCUUGCGGCAGUCUCAUAUACCAAGCCGCAUCUGCUGAUCAUGGACGAGCCGACCAACAACUUGGACAUCGAGAGUGUCGAUGCUCUCUCGGAAGCCGUGCUCAACUUCGACGGCGGUGUCGUCCUGGUCAGUCACGACCAAACUUUCGUUUCUGCUGUUGCGAAAGAGGUGUGGGUGCUGGGAGGAGGAGUGCUGAAGAAGGAGGAGAGCUUCGAGGCUUACCGCAAGAAGAUCAUGAAGCAGCUUAAGGAGUAGCCGACACCCUGGUCUUGUCGAGAUGUCAUGGCUGCGAUUGUAACAGACUGUCGAACUCUG